AGGCCACCUCCUUCUCACUUCCGCCCCUCGUUCGCCGCCGGUCUUUGGUCGCGAGUGUCUGCGAUGUUGCAUCUAUCUUGCAGCGUCGGAUCUCGGGGCAGGCCCCCGGGGCUCUCCCAGGACCGCUGCUCGAGGGGCCCAGGCCCCGUGGAUAGGGAGAGCCGGGGCAGUCUGCCCGGGCAUUCGCGCGUAAGCUGCACGCGUCAGGUCGCGCGUAAGCGCCCUCGUUUCCACUGUAGCGUUCCGCGCUGGCUCAGAGGAGGACAAGGUACCCACGCCGCUACCCUUCCCUCGUUUUCUGCAGAUGCUGGCCGCUGGAGGGCGCCACACGGUGCUGCUCAGGAGCGACGGCGCCGGCGUGGCCCGCGGCGGGAAUCGUGUUGGUCAGUGCGACCUCCCGGCGCUGCCCGCGGGCCUGACCUACAUGCAGGUCGCCGCUGGACAGUGGCACACGGUGCUGCUCAGGAGCGACGGCACCGCCGUGGCUUGCGGUUGGAAUGAUGGUGGUCAGUGCGACCUCCCAGCGCUGCCCGCCGGCCUGACCUACACGCAGGUCGCCGCUGGAGUGUGGCACACGGUGCUGCUCAGGAGCGAUGGCACCGCCGUGGCCUGCGGCGUGAAUGAUGGUGGUCAGUGCGACCUCCCAGCGCUGCCCGCGGGCCUGACCUACACGCAGGUCGCCGCUGGAGAGCGCCACACGGUGCUGCUCAGGAGCGAUGGCACCGCCGUGGCUUGCGGCGGGAAUCAUGUUGGUCAGUGCGACCUCCCGGCGCUGCCCGCGGGCCUGACCUACGCAGGUCGCCGCUGGAGAGCGCCACACGGUGCUGCUCAGGAGCGAUGGCACCGCCGUGGACUGCGGUUGGAAUGAUGUUGGUCAGUGCGACCUCCCGGCGCUGCCCGCGGGCCUGACCUACACGCAGGUCGCCGCUGGAGUGUGGCACACGGUGCUGCUCAGGAGCGAUGGCACCGCCGUGGCCUGCGGCGUGAAUGAUGGUGGUCAGUGCGACCUCCCAGCGCUGCCCGCGGGCCUGACCUACACAGCUGAUUUGUGUCCAGCGCUGCUCCUGCAGGUGUCGCUCGAUGGCGGCUCAAUGGUUUUCGUGACCAUCGGCGGGGUGGAGCGAUGCAGGAUCAGGGCGGCGCCCACCGCCCGCCUCGCAGUCAUCUACCUCCAGCUCGUGGCCGAGCACCGCGCGGGCAGGCUGGGCCCCGGAGCCUGGCGGGUCGAGGCGAUCUUGCCGGGGGGCCGCCCGCUCAGCAGCGCCGCGGCCGAGGAGACGGUCGCCAGCGCAUUUCCCGCCGCAGCCUGAAGCGUAGGGCGGCGUUCGUAUAAACAGAGCGCGUGCCGUUUGCCAGGGCAGGUGCGCGACAUCGCCGACGCGGCGCCGACCCCAUACCGCCCCUUGCUUGCCGAAGCGAUGCGGCCUUCCAGCGGCAG